CACCUUCCAAGAACCCGCCCAAAGCUCAUUGUCAACUGUUGGGCAGAACACAAGGUCCUGCAAGCUAGAUAGCAGCUACAGCUUCCGAAGCUCCCCACCUGGACACAGUUGUAGCCUCAAAGCUGACUUCUGGCUCUGGAAUCUGGAUGCUGCUGAGCGCCUGAGCUGCAGAUGCAGCGCUGCUCCGAUCCUUCUUCCUCUGUAACAUUCAGUCAGAGGCGUGCAUCCAGCCAGAUGUCAGUUGCUGAAUGCUGAUUCACCCAGAAGUCAGAAGUCAGAGCUCCAUGCUCUACCUCAGUUCUGGGUGCUGGCCCCAUGCCCCCAUAUGAAUUCCUAGAAGCCACCUCCCUCCCCAUCAUUUUUUAGAGCCACCAGCCAAGCCAUGAGAGAGACUGAGAAAUCAAGAUCCAUAAAGGGUGGGUGCGCGCAUGGCCAUGCGGCUUCCGUCCAACCCAACACACCCAACAUUGUUUAACCAACCGAUCAUUGGGCAGUGAGCAAGCUCAACUGGCCGGGAUCGAAGCCACGGGCGCCAUCUCCUAUAUAACAGCCCUCCUAGACAUGGCAUCCCCAGGCACAUCUCGACAAGCUCACUUGUGAGAACAAGAGCUUCUGCAUCACAAUUUGCUCUCCUACUCUGCAUUCAACACAUUCAUCAUCUUCGCUUCUGGGUUCUUUCUCUCAGCUCGUAGUCUGAAGAGAUGCCUCGGUUCUUCCUCUUCUGCUUGGUGUCCAGCCAACUGGCCAUGACGGCCGUCAUGGCGCGGCCGUUCGCCGUCUUCUUGGACGGCGGCGCGAUGAGCAUCGUAGCAGACGCUCCUUCGGCUCCUGAUGUGCUACACGUGCACUCCCUGCUGGAGUCCAGGUUCGUCGGGUCGCCUCUGAGCUCGCACCACCACCGGCAUGGCCCCUUCGACCGGAAGUUCGCCGGCGGCAAGAUCAUCGUUGCGGGCCUCGCCGCGGCCAUCAUCGUCGCCAUCUUCUGCUACAUCCGGAUCACGAGGAAGAAGAAGGUGGAGGUGGAGGUGGGGCCAAAAGUUUGAGUACUGGGGCCUGAUCAAUACUCCUUCGACUUCGGAGAAAAGAAAAAAAAAUAAUCGUUUGAGUUCCACAUACACAGAGUGAGGAUGGAUAUAUAUGGGUUCCAAGUGUGACCCCGUUAGAUUCGUUGUAACAUGUAAACAAGUAUUCGUGACGAAUAUAGAUGGUUUCUGUGACAUAAUCCUUCGAUUUGCAGGUGUUUCUGCUUGGAAUCGUUGA